CGGAGCGCAGCGAACGCUGCGCCAAGUGUUGAGCGGUUAAAUAAGAAAAGUGCCCGCCUACAACAAGUAGGCGGUGGAUUCCCAGCCAGUGUUCUGCGCCAGCUACUUCAGCAGCCAUCCGACGACCGAGUGCCAGUGCCCAGUGGCUCCAAGUGCCACGAAGAGUCCUGCGGCUGCUCUAGGGUUUCUGUUUCUGUUCCUGGUGCGAUAAGCGUGUAAGCCUAACAUAUGGCACCCAGCGUCGAUGCCAGCCGUCGGCACUUCAAGCGGUGUGCCGAUUAUCAUGGCAAGCAAUGUACAACAACGGCAGCAAGAUCCAUGCACCACAACUGAAGAGCCGAAGCACCAGAGAGCCCGACGAGCAGCAGCAGGAGCAGCCAAGGACGAGGAGUCGGCGACGACGGGAGCAUGCCAGCAGCAGUCCUGGUCUAAUCAGCGACCUUCAUUCCACCGGCAGAAGGAGCCGCAUCAGCGGGAGCAAGUGCAGCACCACCGAAGCAAUCCGCGCCAGCACGAGCUACUGCAUCACCAGCGGAAGUUGCCGCCUGCGCUGCCCGCCCGCGGUCGACUGUUGAUCAGCGAGGGCGCCCGACGGCGCGAGGUGAGGGGCUGCGGAUCGGGGGGCGGCGGCCUGCUCUGCUGCAGCCUGGACGCCCUGAGUCGUCCUGCGAAGCUACUGCAAUUCGGAGUCCUCCUGCUGAUCCUGCUGCUCGCCACACAUGGAGAUCUUGCUCAAGCGGAGGGCAAUGUUGGCUGCCAGUUUGUUAGGACGCUAUGCAUACCGCACUCCGAGGUCUGCUACGAUGACAACAUAUUCGGCAAGUGCAUUCCCACCACCGGUGUCGACGUUGAGGACAUUGAGAAGACACCUCUCACUGAGGAGCAGUCCCGUGUGCUGGCUACCAUGCUGGAGGAGCUCCAGGGCGCCGGCCUAGGAUGGGACCAUCCGUACGUCCAAUGUCGCAUCCAGGGCUCCCUCUUCUCGCUGCAACGACAACAGCAGCUUCCUCCGAAUCUCUGCGCGAACCUGGCGCCGGCUCCUCCGGAGUUCGGGGAUCCGGCCAGUGCCAUGGCCUAUGUGCGCUUCACGCCGCCGGAACCGGAAACCGAAAUCGAUUACUACGAGCAGCCAGCGCAGUUCUAUCCGCCGUUGAGAAAGAAGCAGGUGCGAGAGAACCAGGAGGAUGAGGAUAUGUACCUCAACCGGAUGCUGCAGGAUCGCCGGCGGCUGAGGCACGAUCCCUCGGAGCUGGAGCACUUCGGCAAGGUGGACGGCCAUGGACAUCGGCAGGUGGGUCAGGUGGACGAACCGAGCAUCAUGGACGCCUUCCUGGACACCGAGCGGCAGAGGACGGAGCGCGAGCAGCAGAUGGCGGCGGCUGAGCAAGAUGCCCAUCGGCGGGCGGAGCAGAAUCGCAUGGAACUGUAUCAGAUUCUGGCAGCCUCCGAGCCUGAUCCUCAGCCCUUCCAGAGGAAGCCGGCCGCCCAGCCGAAUGCCAUGGAUCAACUGGAGGCGAUUGUGGAGCAGCAGCAGCAAAGGGAACUGAAGGAGCAGCAGCAGCAGGAGCAGGUCAAGGCACCGGUCUACGUGCCGCCGGAGGAGGUGAACGAAUCGAGUGAGCUCUACUUCCCGGACAACUUCGCCCCCUUCAAGAGAGCUAGGGGUCGCUCCAGGGGGGGAUUGGCCGAGGAGGUGGAGAUGGAGUCGGCGGAUGAGCCACAACCCAAGCGUUCCUUCUUCCGCGAGCUGGCCAGCGAACAGGGAUUGGUGCAGGAGCCGCCUCUGAAUUUUAGACAAGCGGAAACCGAACUAGAAACCAAUCCCGAAAUGGCCAAACGACGUCCUGCGGCUUUUAAGCAGCUGGAUCCCUACGAUGCCGACCUGCAGCAACAGGAACUGGCCUUCGAGUCCGGUUUGUUGCGCAACUCACUGACGCCGCUCGAGGAGGAGGCCAUGCUGGCCUCCAAUAGCUUUCCCCGACAGUCGAAGAGCCAGCGCGUUUACACCGAGGGUGGGCUGCUCCUGAUGCCCCAGGACGAACAGGAUGCCAUGCAGGCCGAUGAGCCGGAUGUGAGUGUGAAGCAAUCCCUGUUGGCCAACAUGUUGGGAUUCGCACGGCACGAGCGUCUGGAUGUGAAGAAGCCGGGACCGCUGCUAGGACCUCCGUCCUUGGGCUCCUCCGCCGAGGAGCUCGGCAAUCAGCUGGGAACGGAAAAGGCUCGCAAACUGGACACCAAUGGCAACAAGGAGGUCCUGCCCGCCCACAUCAAGGGCAAUGCUCCCGAGGACGAGGAGGCGCACAAGAAGAAGAAGGUCAUGAAGCAGCAGCACUCGGCCGAGGAUCAUGCGCCGCACACCGUUGACACUGAAUACGUGCAUGUGUUCGUCAAGAACCCAAUCGACAGUUGGAACGAUGGGCAGCGCAUCAUGAAGGAGCUGGAGCAAAUACUACACAUGCAGGGAUACUUUUCUUAUUUAACCGUUCAACAACACGAAGUCAGCUUCCGGGUGAACUCAAACAACCCCGAGCGCAAGACGGCCGGCGAUGUGGCGCGGACUAUCAACGAGAACCGCGGCGUGAAGAACAACAUCCAGCGACGCGUCGGGUUCUAUGUGCUGCACGCCGGCGUGGGUGAUGUGGUCAAGGAUCUGCAGGACCCCGGUGUCUCCUCCUCGCGCAUCGAACUGGCCGAGCAGGGACCGGAUGUCACCCACAUCAUGGCCUACAUGUUCGCCGGCGCCGGAGCGGCCGCGGUGAUCGUGAUCUUCGUCACCCUGAUCCUGAUCAAGCGGCACGAUCGCAAGCGGGACAAGCUGGGCGGUCUGCAGUCGGGCAUUGCGGGUGCGGAGACCUGCAGCAAGGACUACCAGGAGCUGUGCCGCGCUAGGAUGGCGGGUAAGACCGGCAAUGGUGGCAAUUCGGCCGGCGGAACCGCCGGCGGUGGGUCAAACGAACCGGCGACCAGCGGACGGAUUACAUCGCUGAGCAAGGAGAACGAGGGUCGUCCGCCAUCCUCGCGAUCGAGCACCUCGUCCUGGAGCGAGGAGCCAGCAAUGACGAACAUGGACAUCUCUACCGGGCACAUGGUGCUGUCCUAUAUGGAGGAUCACUUGCGCAACAAGGGACGUUUGCAGCGGGAGUGGGAGGCCCUGUGCCGCUAUGAGGCCGAGCCCAGUGCUCGGGAGGCCGCCUCCCAGCCGCAAUGUGCGGGCCUGAACAGACCCGGAGCUCCCUUGCCCUAUGACCACUCGCGCGUAGUGCUGAACCACCUGGCCAACGCCGAGGGACUCGACUAUGUAAAUGCAUCAACGAUUACCGAUCAUGAUCCACGUGCCCCCGCCUAUGUGGCCGCCCAGGGUCCGUUGCCCUCGACCUUGGCCCACUUUUGGCAGAUGAUCUGGGAGCAGGGGGCCGUCGUCAUCGUGGCCCUCUGCCGCCUGCAGGAGAACGGGGAGGUGUCCUGUGCGCGCUAUUGGCCGGAAGAAGGUGCCGAGGUCUAUCACAUCUAUGAGGUUCACCUUGUUAGUGAACACAUUUGGUGUGACGAUUACCUCGUACGUUCUUUCUACCUGAAGAAUUUGCGCACUAGCGAAACCAGAACGGUCACCCAGUUCCACUUCCUCUCCUGGCCCCUCAUGGGUGUUCCUGUCCAGGCAAAGGCUCUGCUGGACUUCAGAAGGAAGGUGAACAAAUCGUAUCGGGGACGUCGCUCCUGCCCCAUUGUGGUGCACGGAAGUGCCGGCGCCGGACGGACGGGUGCCUACAUCCUGUUGGACUUGGUGCUCGAGCGGAUGAACAAGGGUGCGCGUGAGCUGGACAUUGCCGCCACCCUGGAGCACCUGCGUGACCAGCGAGCAGGUAUGGUGGCCACCAGGCAGCAGUUCGAGUUCGUGCUGAUGGCCGUGGCCGAGGAGGUGCACGCGAUCCUGAAGGCUCUGCCGGCAAACACUUCCGCCGAGAAGCGGGAACUGGACAAGGAGCCCGUGGUGGGCAGCGGGAACGGCAGCUCGAACAACAGCAGCAGCACCACCAAGGAGCCUCUCAAGGAGGACGAGGCGCAGGAGGCGGCCGAGGAGGAGGUGCCCACCAGCAGUUCCAAGGCAGCCGCAGCCGCAGCCGCCGCCAAGAAGGAGAAGGAGGAGAAGCCAGCGAAGGAUCAGGCCAAGGUGGCCGAGCCAAAGACGCCGGCCAAACCGGCGAAGCAGGCGAAGAAGUAAGCCAAUCCGAUCCUGGAUCGGAUUGAAGGUUAAGCCUCAGGUUAAUGAUUGUUGCAGCGUUUCGGGGGUCUUUUUUCCGUUUGUUAUAGUUAGAAAUUGACUUGAGUUCGAUUUUGAUUUGGCGUGAGCACUUGGAAGGUUCGAAAAAGGCUUCACGAGAUUGUCAGUAGAAGGAUUUGCUAUUUUCAGUUAUCUACACCGCGCCGACCAAGCACAAGGAUCGCCGGGAUGUCCUGGGAUCCCAUCCUAAACGUGCCACGCUGCCCCGGUCUGCACCAGCCCGUGAGACCAGGGGUGCGUCCAUGUGGGGGGAUCUCCGUUCCGGAGGCAAUUGUGCGGUGCAAGCAACUAUAGAAACGCACGAUAUAUAAUACCAUAUUUGAGUGUUAAAGGAUAUACAAGAAAUAUUUACAUACAUACCUUAUACUUAUAUACAUGUCUAGGUGUUAAGCAUUGGAUUCAAUUAUGAGGCAUUUUACUUACUCGUACAUUUAUCGAUAUCGAUGUUGGCAUUAAACUUAAACUCUAAUCGAUGUGCUUGAAAAACCAGCAAACGAACGACAACAAUCGCUGAACGGUAUACAUAUGCCAAGCCAGACAGAACAGAACAGCA